AUGGCCCCCGUCCCCCGCGUUUACUCCAAGACCUACAAGGUCCCCCGUCGUCCUUUCGAGUCGGCCCGUCUUGACUCGGAACUGAAGAUUGUCGGCGAGUACGGCCUGCGCAACAAGCGUGAGGUGUGGCGUGUCCAGCUCACCCUGUCCAAGAUUCGUCGUGCUGCUCGUGAGCUUCUCACCCUCGACGAGAAGGACCCCAAGCGUCUCUUCGAAGGUAACGCUUUGAUUCGCCGUCUGGUCCGCAUCGGUGUCCUCGAUGAGUCUCGCAUGAAGCUCGAUUACGUCCUGGCCCUCCGCGUUGAGGACUUCUUGGAGCGUCGUCUUCAGACUUGCGUCUACAAGCUCGGUCUUGCCAAGUCCAUCCACCACGCCCGUGUCCUGAUCAAGCAGCGUCACAUCCGUGUCGGCAAGCAGAUCGUCAACGUCCCCUCCUACAUGGUCCGCCUGGAUUCCCAGAAGCACAUCGACUUCGCCCUUACCUCCCCCUACGGUGGUGGCCGCCCUGGCCGUGUCCAGCGCAAGAAGGCUGCCGCUGCUGCCGGUGGUGGUGACGACGAGGCUGAGGAGGACGAGGAGUAA